GUUUAUGUAAGGUGUGGACUGAUAUAUUGAAUAAAUACUACAUAACUUUCGCUUUGUGGAUCGAAUACAUUCAAGAGGAUAUCAGUCAUCGUAGUGCAUGAAAGUACAUCUUCAAUAGGUACAAGGUGGAAUAGAGCACUUGCAAAAAAGAAGAAAUACAAAUUAGAAAAGAUAAAUUGAAAAUGAUGAAAAAAUGAAAAAAAUGGCAGCUAUUUAUCGACAGCUAAUUGUUUUGUCAGUAACAUGGACAAUAGUGGACAGUUUUACUGAACCUACUCCUGCUGUGUCUAAUUUGACUUUGAGUGCUCAGAUAUGGGGUGAUGGAACUUGCAAUGAUGUAAAUUGUUACAGGACACAUUGUGUUGGAAGAAGUUCAACAGGCAUUCCGUAUUAUGUUAUUGAUAUGAAUACCUUGGAUGGUGUCUGUAAACCUUUAUUUGUAGGACCAACCAAUGGUUACAAAACUAAUGGACUAAUUAAUAUCGAUAGUACCAACUAUGCAAACUGUAGUGUCAGUGAAACUUAUUCGUUAUCAGAAUACACAUUAACAUUUUGGAUAAAUUAUGACUGUACUGGUACUAGUGUUUGCUCUUUGUCAAUACGUAGUGAUAUCAAAGCAGUAUUUAAAAAUAAUCAAAUGACAGUUAAUGGAGAAAACUACAAUUGGACGAGUAAUACUUGGAAAUUUGUUGUAAUAAAGAAAAAUUCCAAAAGAAGUGUAAUCUAUAUUGAUGACAAACAAAAGGUUGCAAACAGUCAGCUUCCAAAUUUAAAUCAGAUUAACAUUGAUUCUUCAAAUAUGAAUAGUGGAGACUAUUUCAGAUUGGUAGAUGUAAGGUUGUAUAACAUCACAUUAACAGAUCGAGAAAUUACAAAGAUUUUUAAUAAUUUAACAAACAUUGAAGAUGUAAAGCCUUACAGUGAGUGUAGAUGUCCAAGUCUGCAUCCCAUAGUUCACUUUCUAGUAGAUGAUAACUACUACAGUUUACAAUGUAAAAAUGAAGUAGGAGAAAUGACCAGUAGAUUUAAACAAGAUUCUGUAAUCCAGUAUAUAGUUGAUAAUGAUACGACUACAAUCUGGAAGACUAAUAUGGAAGAAACAGCUUUUAACAUAAAACUGGAUCAAAUUUAUCAGAUUGAUGAAAUAGAACUUAUCACAAAGACCAUACCUUGUAAUGUUACUUUUAUGUUAGAUAGUGGUAACAAUCAAAGAUUGAGUGGAUCAAUGAGCACAAAAUGGUCUGAUAUAUCACAGAACAUUAAUAGCAGAUCACAGUAUGAAGAAGUAAUAACAAGAAAUAUUUCUGUACUUCUAAGUGGAUUUUGUACUGGAAAUAAUGGAAAUAGUCAUGAUAUAGCAGAAAUUUUAGUUACUGGAAGAUGCAGUUGCUAUGGCAAUUCAGGAAGCUGUACAUACCGUUCAAGUUCAAAUAAAAAUGUCUGUCAAUGUGAGAACAACACAAUUGGCUCUGAUUGUAGUAAGUGUAAUGUUGGAUACUACAGAAGUGAAGAAGAUUUUGGAUGUCACCAAUCCUGUCUGUGUAAUACUGCUGGAUUUAUUGGAUCUACUCAAAAUUGUUCUCAGGUUGAUGGUCAGUGUACAUGCAAGUCAAAUGUUGAAGGCCGUCAAUGUGAUACAUGUAAACAUAUACAUUAUAACUUAAUCGAAAGUAACAGUGCUGGAUGUAGCAGAAGUCAGUGUGAUUCAAAUGGGACAUUACGCUGUAAUAACAAUGUGACUUGUGAUAUGUGUGAAUGUAAAACAAAUGUGGAGGGUAUGUACUGCGAUAGGUGUAAACAGUAUCAUUAUGGAAUAAAUGUUUUGGAAAAUGGUUGUGCACCUUGUAAUUGUAAUACUCCUGGAACACAGAAUGCUAAGCAGACAUGCGACCUUAUAACAGGACAGUGCGAUUGUAAAACUUUGGUAGAAGGACAACAAUGUAACACAUGUACGAAUGGUACUUAUGGAUUAGAAAAUGUUAAAUCGAGUGGAUGUACGAGCUGUGGAUGUAAUAAAUAUGGAUCUAGCAGUAAAAACUGUCAUGCUACAACUGGACAAUGUACUUGUCAGGAAGAAAAUAAAAACCUACAUUGUGAUGCAGAAAUAGAAAACAUGAUGCCAAGCUACGGACCAAUGUCUGGUGGGACUGUUGUUACACUGACUGGACAUCUCUUUGGUUCAUUUGCUGAUUCAAAGGAAGGCCUGGAUAUUUUUAUGGAUGCAAGAUCUUCAAAACUUGAAAUAUUGUCAUGGAAUCAGACAACAGUAAUAUUUAAAACUGACAAAUCAAAUUCACCAAAGAGGACUUCAUUCCUGCUCAGAUGGACAGCACCAUAUGACAUGUAUGGUGGUACUUCAGAGGAUAUGAAAUUAACAAGAGACUUCCAGUAUAUAAGUGAUCCAGUUAUUAAUAAAGUCAAUUCAAUGGUAUCAUUUGAAAGUGGUGGAUGUGACAUCACAAUCCAGGGAACAUCAUUAAACAGUGUAUACCAGCCUAAGUUAAUAUCCUACAUGACAGGCAAUGAUAAUAUCACAACAAACUGUAGACCUGUUGGAUUAACUACCCUAGUAUGUGAAUCACCUCAAGGAACCAUUGGUACCAGUAUCAAAUAUGGACUUAUUUUAGAUGGGGUUACAAUGUAUGAAGAUUUAUCUACAAACUUUCCUCAGGCAUUUUUUAACAUAACAAGUGAUCCAACUGUUCAAUCCAAGAGUUUUGAUGAUUACAAAAUGUUGUUUUCGGAUAAUAUUAUAAUUCAGGGUACUAGACUGAAGGAGGCUUGUGAAGGAAGCUUAAAGAUAAUGAUUGGAAGUAUUAACUGUAAAAUAGAAAGUUCAACAAAUGAAAGAAUUGAAUGUAAACCUGACCUUGACUUUCCUGGUGUCAGUUUGGAUGCUGCCAAAGUAAUGGUAAAAAUUGGAAAUUUUAAUCAUGCAGCAGGGACAAUCAAACUUAUAUUAUUCUGGGAUACAAUAGAGUUUAUUGGAAUAGCGAUUGGUGCUGGCGCUCUUGUUGUUUUGAUGUUAGUUAUUGUAAUUUGUUGUUGUUGUUGUCGACGAAGGAAAAGUAAAGAUUGCUACAGCAGCACUUCCAAGAAUCCAGUCCAGAAUGGAUAUGAUAUACCAAUGUACAAUGCAGGAAGCACUUCACCUAGUACAACUAACUUAAUACAAAAAGAAGAUGUACCCAGCUUUCCUAAUAGAAUGUAUUCUGAGAAACGUCAUUUAGAACAAGCUUUGAGUUAUGAUGAAACAGACUGUUCUGAUGAUUUCCUCCAUAAAAUAGAAAGUUCAGUAAGAGAAAAGAUUGAAAAGAGUAUAUCAGAUAGACAAAAUAUAGAGCCGGGGAAAGUGUGUACACUCAAAGGAACUGAGAUACGGGUAUUAAAUGGAACAUUCAGUAAAAAUUCUCCAAAUGCUGGCAAAGAGUUGAUAAUCAAAACCAAUGUAAAAACAUUAAAGGAAUUGAUGGUUGAUAACAAGUACCCUGCUUGGGUAAAUAAUGGAUUGUUGGAAUGUAUGAAGUUCCAAGACAGUUUCCAUGACAAUAUACAAAGAAUGCUGGGUAUUUCUGUAGACCAAAAUAGAUUCUAUGAGUUUUAUCCUGCCUACAGUAGAGGAUUUAAAGAAUAUUUAAAUGAUGCCAAGCAUGACUUUACAGUAAAACAGUUACUUGAGAUGUGUCUGCAAGUUGCACAGGGAAUGACUUACCUUUCCAAUGAAAACAUGGUUCAUAAAGAUCUGGCUACAAGGAACUGUGUGGUAUGUGCAGAUGGAUUAAUAAAGAUUUCUGAUUCAUCAUUUUCCUGGAAUCUUUAUCCCACAGAGUACCUGUAUGAUCAGCUAAGACAAAGAUAUCUUCCAGUUAGAUGGAUGGCUUUAGAAAGUCUUAAGAUGGGAUAUUAUGACAUUUCAUCUGAUGUGUGGUCAUUUGGUGUGUUACUAUGGGAAGUUAUGACUCUUUCUCUGUAUCUACCAUAUCAUGACCAAGAAUCAGACAAAGUCAUAAAAGAUCAUAUUGAUGAAGGCUUCCGAUUGGGGAUGCCAACAAAUGCUCCAGAGGACUUAUAUGGUUUAAUGGUUAAUUGUUGGGAAGUUGACAAUCAUAAUCGGCCAUCAUUCGAUGAGAUUGUUGAACAGUUAGGUAGUGUUAUGAAUCCUGAAUCCCAGUAUAUAAAUUUAAACCAGUCGACAGCAGGAAAACAUAACGCAGCCCCACCUGUUCCUCAAAGAGGGGGAACAGUAAUCAGAGGACAACGAUCAUGAUCAUAAAUGCUUAUAUUAAUCAAAUCACAAAUGACAAAACAUAAUACAAUUCUGUAGAACUAACCACCAGUGUUUAUGUGUCUUCUUUUAGGAGAGUUUAUAACUUUUUCACUUAUUGGGAUGAUCACUUUCUGUCUUUAUGAUUAAGCAUUUAUUCUCAUUAAGAAAUUGUUAUUUUAUAUAAAAAAUGGUGAUUGCCUUUGUUAGAGCAGAUCUUAGUGCUACCAUAAAUGGGAGUAGUAGUAUUGUUUUCAUUGGUGACAAAACAUUGUUGUAUUCUCUCAUCUCUAGUGCUUUAAGGUAGUCCUUCCUUACUACAAAUGAUGUUUAUAUUAGAAAUGAUCUUGAAAGUGAAAAUAGUCUAGUUUUUGGGGAUCUAAUGUUUAAUUAUAGAAUGGAUUUUUUUUGGAUGAAUGUAGUAUUUAAUUUGAAAUAAAUUGUUGUUUACUUUCUCAAUUGUAUAUUUGGGAUUUCAAAAAGUUUCUUGGGAGGUAAAAUCUCAAAUGUUAAAAUAAAAAUGAAAUUUAAGAGUAUACCAAAAAUGGAUUUAAUUUCUUAAUAAUAUAAUAACUCUGAUGAUUAGUUUGAGAACUUUUAGAUUUGUAAAUUUUAUAUUAGAGAGAAAUAUUUAAAAUAUGGAAGCAGAUAUCAAUAUCGUCCUAAACAUGCAUGAAAUAUUUGCCACUGAACAACAAUCAAUCAAUCAAAUAUCAAUAUUUUUAAAGUAACUUAAAUUCUUUUCAAGUUUUGAAAUUCACUUAUAUAAUAGAUGUAGCCACAUGACUUUUUAAAUUGUUACAUAAGCAGCAUAAUGAAUCAUUCCAUUUUUUUAUGAUUAUUUAUGUGAUCUUGUAUUUUUUGUAUUUUUGUAUUUUAUAUGAAUGUACAGAAGUUUUUUUAAAUACAUUUGUAUAUAGAUCUGACUGCCUAAGACAUAAUUGUAAAAUCUGAAAUAUUUAAGUUUGCUAUGUCAAUCAAUUAUAUAUAUAUAAGUUUAUAUGUUCUUCCUAUCUUGUAUAAUGUUCCUUAUUAGGAAAUUGUUAUUUGAUUUAAAAAAAGGUGUUUGUCUUUAUUAAAGUAGAUUAUAGUGCUACCAUUAAGAGGAAUAGUGGUAUUGGUUUCACUUUAUCUUGUAAUCCACAAUAAGAAGGUUCAUUAUUGUGUUAGUUUUGCAAGAAAAUUAAAUCAAAAAUCAAAAAUGGGCAGUAUAAAUGUUCAUCAUAUUUUUUUUUAAUGUCUGAUUUAAGUGGAUUAACAUGAUGAAAGUGACAAUUAAUUUAUUCUAUACUGAGACUUGUGUGGACUGCUGCUGGUCAAGUUAAAAGAUGAGCAAAAGUAGCUUUUUUGAAUCAUUGUAUUUGAUUAUUUGCACAGAUUUAUCUUGAGGUAUCAGCAAGUGAAUAUAAACUUGAAAAAACUUUAAAAAUAUCAAAUUUAAUUCAUACUUUAUCACAAGUGUCAAUUUUAAAUGAAUUAGACCCUUUUUGACUCUAGCUAGACUGCCAUUAUUAUAAACCUGAAAUAUUGGUAAAACAAUGGAUACAUGUAUUGUGUAAUUAUGCAUAUUCCAGGCAAAUUUCCUAUACCUUCUUUAUAUAUAUCAUGGUUCCAUUCAGUAAAAAAUAAUAUUGAUCAUUUGUUGUGUGCAGAGCUUUAUUUAUGUUUAUUACUCUAAUCAAAUACGAUCAUCUCUCUUAUUAAAUGUUUUGUUCUUUUUUGAAACUGUGAUGUAUGUUUUCAAUAUGUAUCAUGUGACAUUUAUCAUGUGAUGAUCAUUAAUUUAUUGUCAGGAGUGAUGGAAAUUAAGAUUUUAAAAGCAUUAUGGGUAACCAGUAUCAUUGGCAACAGAAAUAGGCAACUCUCCUACACUCCAUUCAGUUAUAUACACAAUUCAUCAUUUAUUCUAAUGCAACAACGUUUGUAACGUUCAUUUUGAUUGGAUAACGUCACUUUCUUACAUGGCAUCAAUUGACAAUUGAUGCUAUGGGACCUACGCGCAAGCGCAGACGGCAUAUGACAGAUUUUAAAUACAUGUUUUAACGUUGUUUUCUGUCAGUUUUAUUAGAAUGGAGAUAACAAUAUUGUAUUUUAAGCUCCGACGGCAUCAAUUGGGGAUUUGAUGGUGUCAAAUACCCGUUUACUGUCUCCGCUAACGCGUCACCAGUAAGCUUAAUUUGCGACCAUCAAAUCCCCAAUUGAUGCCGUCGGAGCUUAAAAUACAAUACAGUUAUCUCCUAAUUAUGACAUCACAAUAAAGCCUAAUUAGGCUGAUGCUGUGUGCAGCAAUCACCAAUGAAUCAAUCAUUUAUUAUGUGCAGAGCUUUGAUAAUAACCCUUUUUUUAGCUCACCUGUCCCGAAGAUAAAGCAAAGUAAGAUCUUCAAUUAAGUCAAUUUGACCAAAAUUGUCAAUUGACCCCUUAAGGAGUUAUUGCCCUUUAAAGACUUUUUUCACAAUUUGUUCAUCAUGUUGACUUACUUUAAAAAAUCUUCUCCUUUGGAACUGCUGUAUCAAUUUCAGCCAAACUUAGGCUAAAUGAGUUUCAGAGUAUUUAGUAUAAAUUUUAUAUUUUAUUUCCUUGUAUGUCAAGAAACAUAGCUACUAUGGCUAAAAUAGAACAUAGGAGAAAAUGAUUAUUUUUUUUGGCUUUUGAAGAAAAUAGGACGAUCCAAAAAACAUUUAAAUAAAUUGAAAAGCCAAAAUAAUCAUUGAUGAGAGAUUUAAACAAAUGAAUUAAGGUGAGCGAUUCAGGCUCUUGAGAGCCUCUUGUUUAUUUAAACCUUUUUCAUGGAGUUUUUUGUAUAUUAUGCUAUCAAUUAUAUUAUAUUAUUAUGUUAUAUUAUGCUAUCAAUUGUAUUAUAAUGUAACAGUAUGCUAUCAAUUGUAUUAUAAUGUAACAGUAUGCUGUCAAUUGUAUUAUAUUGUAAACCUUAGUUUAAAAAUGCCAUGGGGCAGUGGCAUAUCAUCAGUGAAGAAUGCUUUUAAAUCAUUUCGUAAAAUCAUUUUUUCUCAAUAAAAAUUUUAUUAUUUUCGAUCAGCUUUUGCUGUCACCUAGACCCCCUGCUUAUGGUUUGUUUUCCGGUGGCUUUGCCACAGAUCUUGGAGAGAUUUUAAACAAAGUAAAACUAGAAAAUGAGAAAAAUAAAUGACUAUUGUAAAAAUUUUACAUGCAAUAGAUUUUAAAAAAUUCACGUAUUUUCCUGAAAGUACAAAUCUGCAGCUUUAAAUAUCAUUGUAAGAAAAUUUAUGGGUAUACAUCAUGGUUAGUAUGAUAGAAAUUGCAAUUUGGGGUAAAAUAAACUGUCUCCGAGAUUACAAAAAUGUAUUAGUAAUGUAAUGGUAAUAGUUCAGGGUUCACUUGUUAAAAUUGUUUUUCUGUAAAAGAAAUUGUUCUAGUUUAUAAAGAACUUACAAUUUAUCUGUAAAAGCUUAACCUUUAUAUCUGAUUGUCUUUUAUUCAUAAUCAUAUAUUCUAUAUUUAUUUUCACACCAUUAUAUCUUAUUGUUUUAUAUCCAUGAUCAUAUGCUUUAUUUAUUUCCACUCAGUAGUCCCAAGAGCGUAAAAUUUUGUCUUCAUUUUGUUUUUGAGUUAUUAUGACCAUGAUUCUGCCUUGGAACAUUUUUAGCUCACCUGGCCCGAAGGGCCAAGUGAGCUUAUGCCAUCACUUGGCGUCCGUCCUCGUCCGUCGUCCGUCGUUUGUCGUCGUCGUCUGUCCUCAUAAACUAUUUCAAGAAUCUUCUCCUCUGAAACUACUGGGCCAAAUACUUCCAAACUUUAACUGAAUGUUCCUUAGGGUAUCUAGUUUAUAAAUUGUAUCCGAAGUUUUGAUCUAUCAACAAACAUGAUCGCCAUUGCUAAAAAUAGAACAUAGGGGUCAAAUGCAGUUUUUGGCUUAUAACUCAAAAACCAAAGCAUUUAGAGCAAAUCUGACAUGAGGUGAUAUUGUUUAUCAGGUCAAGAUCUAUCUGCCCUGAAAUUUUCAGAUGAAUCAGACAACCCGUUGUUGGGUUGCUGCCCCUGAAUUGGUAAUUUUAAGGAAAUUUUGCUGUUUUUGGUUAUUAUCUUGAAUAUUAUUAUAGAUAGAGAUAAACUGUAAACAGGAAUAAUGUUCAGCAAAGUAAGAUUUACAAAUAAGUCAACAUGACCGAAAUGGUCUGUUGACCCCUUUAGGAGUUAUUGCCCUUUAUAGUCAAUGUUUAACCAUUUUUCAUAAAUCUUAGUAAUCUUUUACAAAAAUCUUCUCCUCUCAAACUACCAGGCCAAAUACUUCCAAACUUUAACUGAAUGUUCCUUAGGGUAUCUAGUUUAUAAAUUGUAUCCGAAGUUUUGAUCUAUCAACAAACAUGGUCGCUAUUGCUAAAAAUAGAACAUAGGGGUCAAAUGCAGUUUUUGGCUUAUAACUCAAAAACCAAAGCAUUUAGAGCAAAUCUGACCAGGGGCUAUAUUGUUUAUCAGGUCAAGAUCUAUCUGCCCUGAAAUUUUCAGAUGAAUCAGACAACAUGUUGUUGGGUUGCUGCCCCUGAAUUGAUAAUUUUAAGGAAAUUUUGCUGUUUUUUGGUUAUUAUCUUGAAUAUUAUUAUAGAUAGAGAUAAACUGUAAACAGCAAUAAUGUUCAGCAAAGUAAGAUCUACAAAUAAGCCUAUUUGACUAAUAUUGUCAAUUGACCCCUUAAGGAGUUAUUGCCCUUUAAAGACUUUUUUCACAAUUUGUUCAUCAUGUUGACUUACUUUAAAAAGUGAAACUGCUGUAUCAAUUUUAGCUAAACUUAGGCUAAAUGAGUUUCAGAGUAUCUAGUAUAAAUUUUAUAUUUUAUUUCCUUGUAUGUCAAGAAACAUAGCUCCUAUGACUAAAAUAGAACAUAGGAAAAUUUUUUGUUUUUUUUGCUUUUGAAGAAAAUAGGACGAUCCAAAAAACAUUUAAAUAAAUUAAAAAGCCAAAAUAAUCAUUGAUGAGAGAUUUAACUAAAAGAAUUAAGGUGAGUGAUUCAGGCUCUUGAGAGCCUCUUGUUACAUUAAGAAUCACUUGAUAGGGAUUACAUUUUUAAUCAAAAUAAAAUAAAUGACUGUUCAACUUAAAAAAAAAAGUUGUAUGUAUAUUUACAUCAGGAAAAAGUCUGAGGACACUGUAAUUACUUGGGUUAAUUACAGUACAAUCAUUCUGAGAAGCAUCAAAAGUGAAUCUGAUAUAUUUUCUUUAUUUAGUAUACAGUCAAACCUGCUAUAAAGGUCAUCUAUUUUAAGAAACAUGUCUUUCUUAGUGUCCCAAGGUAGCGAUAUCUGUAACCAUAAGGUCAGUUUUCUUAUGUCCCAAGAUUGACCUUGAUAUUCAAGUUUGACUGUAAUUUUACCAUGAGCUGUAGUUUUCCAUAUUUAUUACUGGCAUGCUUUAAACCAUCAUGAAAACAGAUGGAUUACUGACAUAUUAUAAUAAUCAUUAACUUUUUCUAACUGAGAAAAAAAGAAUGUUUGUUUUUUAGAGCCGAAAUAUGACCAAUCAGUCCCCCAAAUGUACUAUCCCUAUAUAUGACCAUCUGGACAUAUAAUUUGGUUCAAAAACAGAUCAGUCAACUGUGAUACAUCAUAUUUAUGUGAUUUUUUUAAUAUGUUUUGUAUGCUUUUUUUGUAGAAUUAUUUAAUAUGCUUUCUUUUUUGUUACUUUUUUUUUUACCUCUCUAAUUAAAUGGCUUUAUUUGACAAUUUUUUGUUUGUCAUAUUGUGCAGUUUACACUUCUUUAAACCAGUGAAUAUUUUUCGUUAAAGUAUGAGUUGUAACCAUGAUAUGAUAAGUUUUUUCUGAGUGGUAUUGUUAAUUACUUAUGGUAUCACACUGGAUACAGAUGUAGAAUCUAUAUAUAUACAUGUAUACUUAUUGCAACUAACACAGAUAUACAAUCAAAGUGCCAUGUGAAGUGCUGUUGUGUACUAUAUAUAUUAAAGUUUGAAACUA